CUACCCUAGCACGCGUAGCCUUGCCUGUGGCGUGGGAGUUGCUUCCGGGUUGCGCGCCCGGAAGCAGGAAGUUGGCGGCUUACCCUCCUCGCCCGGAGGCUGAAGUCCCCGAGGCGGGAGGAGCCCGAGGGGGCGCGGGCCCCGCAUGUUAAGAGUCAAGCUCACUCUUUGGAACUUCCCUCUGUGGCAAAGCUCAUUCCUGCUAGAGUUGGAUCUUCUUUCUUUCUGGAGGGAUUUUGUACUGGAAGACAUGGAUCUUGCUGCCAAUGAGCUCAGCAUUUAUGACAAACUUUCAGAGACUGUUGAUUUGGUGAGACAAACAGGCCAUCAAUGUGGCAUGUCAGAGAAGGCAAUUGAAAAAUUUAUCAGACAGCUGCUGGAAAAGAAUGAACCUCAGAGGGGACCACCCCAGUAUCCUCUCCUUAUAGCCGUGUAUAAGGUCCUUGUAACCCUGGGAUUAAUCUUGCUCACUGCCUACUUUGUGAUUCAACCUUUCAGCCCAUUACCACCUGAACCGGUGCUUUCUGGAGCUCACACCUGGCGCUCACUCAUCCAUCACAUUCGGCUGAUGUCCUUGCCCAUUACCAAGAAGUAUAUGCCAGAAAAUAAGGGAGUUCCUCUGCAUGGGGGUGAUGAAGACAGACCCUUUCCAGACUUUGACUCUUGGUGGGCAAACAGUUGUGAGCAGAAUGAGUCGGACCCCAUCCCUGCCAACUGCAGUGGCUGUGCUCAGAAAUUACCCCUCAAGGUGAUGCUCCUGGAAGACACCCCAAAGAAAUUUGAGAGACUCCAUCCUCUGGUGAUCAAGACGGGCCAGCUCUUGCUGCCAGAGGAGCUUCAGCAUUUUUUGUGCCAGUACCCUGAGGUGGCGGAGGGCUUCCCCGAAGGGCUUUUCACCAAGUGGUGGCGCUGCCUUCCUGAGCGGUGGCUCCCAUUUCCUUAUCCAUGGAGAAGACCUCUAAACAGAUCACACAUUUUACGUGAGCUUUUUCCUGUUUUCACCUACCUGCCGUUUCCAAAAGAUGCCUCCAUAAAAAAGUGCUUCCUUCUUCAACCGGAACCUAUUGUGGGUAGUAAGAUGCAUAGAAUGCAUGACCUAUUUAUCAUUGGCAGCGGCGAGGCCAUGUUGCAGCUCAUCCCUCCCUCCCAGUGCCGAAGACACUGCCAGUCCGUGGCGAUGCCGCUAGAGCCGGGGGAUAUUGGCUAUGCCGGUGCCACCCACUGGAAGGUCUACGUUACAGCCAGAGGGGUCCAGCCUUUGGUCAUCUGUGAUGGAACCACCCUCUCAGAACUAUAGGAAACAAGAACUGUACAGAGGAACAACUUUGAGGUCCGAAGACCAGAUCGAAAGGGGAGAAAUAAAAACAGAAACAAGGAAACCACUUUCUAAGGUUACUUAGUUAUCUGCCCUAUGCAUGCGUGUAUGAGCCAGCUGUAUGCUGGAGGCAAUGGCCAGAGCCUGACCCUCCCGACUCUUCCAGCCUCCCUGCUUGGCCCCGGGAUUUUGCCGGUACCUGUCUGUGAGAGACUGGGCUCUUCCACACCUUCUGGAACCGCAGCCUUGAGGCUGCCCCUCAGGCAGGAAACAGGGCUAAUGCCUUCCCUUACUUGUGUGGUGUGAUCCCCUCUGCUGGCUCCCUGGCCACAGAGAGGGUAGCCAACAGGUCCUGACUUCAGGGCCAUCCCUUACGAGGUGGGCCUGCUUGUCCUGUCUUCCUGGCCACACCACCCGAUACUUUUAUGGAAAGCCAUGGUCAAUUAAAGAAGCUGUUGCAGUUU